AUGAAUUAAAAAAAGUUGCCGAUUUUUAAGUUUAUAAUUGUUGGAGCUAGUAGUAAGUUAUUAAAUUAGAUUUAGAUGUUGGUAAAACCAGUUUUAUUAAAUAAUAUUCAGAAUCCAUUUUUAUUGAUAAGUAUGAGACAACUCUUCCAGGAGGAUAUAUUAAAACAAAAAUAGUUGUUGUGGAUAAGACUGAAGUAAAAUUAUAAAUUUGGGAUACUGUAAGUUCUAGUCUUAUCAUAUAGGCUGGUGAAGAAAGAUAUCGUAGUUUAUUAAAUUUACAUUAUCGUGAUGCAGCAGCAGCUUUUGUUUUAUAUGAUGUAAAUAAUAGAAAAACCUUUUCAAAAUUACAUGAGAAUGUAAAAGGAAUAGAUGAAUGUGCUCCUUAGGAAAUUAUUAAAAUUUUAGUUGGAAAUAAAUCAGAUUUAGAAAGAUAGGUAUCUUAAUAAGAGGCAGAACAAUUUGUUAAUGAUAAUAAGUUUGAUUCUUAUUUUGAGACCUCAGCCAAAACUGGUGAAAAUGUUGAAAAAGUAUAAAUAGUGAUUGAUUUUAAGGCUUUUGUAGAAGCUGUUAGAUCAGUGAUUGUGCGCAUGUAUAUGAAUGAAUCAUUUAAAAGCUCAAUACUAACAAUCGAUAAUAACAUAGAAAAUUCUAGAUUUGGAAGUGGUACCCCCAUUAAUAAUCCUCCUUAAAUUUAAGAACGUAAACGAUUAAAAUCUAUACUAUAACAAUAAUAUGCAAUUCCAUAAUAAUAAUAUGCAAUUCCAUAAUAAUAAUAUGCAAUUCCAUAACAAUAAUAAGAAACAAAUAACAAGCGAUGCUGUUGA